GUUGGAUAAUCUACAGCGUGUGACAGUAGCAUAGGGUGGGCAACCUAAAUUUACGUUAUGUUGGUUAGCAAGAAGUUAUCGAGGCGAUAUAAAAGCAGAGGUAAAGAAUAAACAGACCGACAGACAGGUAUUUAGCGGCAGUCAUAAAGUUUAUCUUUCAGAUUCAAGUAAAACCUUUAUAUGCCCGUGUAUUAAAACAUUUGCCUUGAGUUUUUUUUUCGACAUCGCAUGGACUAUCAAUUAUUAAGACAGUAGUGGAAGUGUGGGUCUUCUUGUCAAAAAUAGUACGGAGAUUUAUACCGUUGUGCAUAAAAACUGACUCGUUCUUUAAGCGGGAAUUUAUUUUCGCUCAUUGGCUUAUUUUUAAUUUUCGCGGGGAUUUAUUUUCGCUCAUUGGUUUAUUUUUAAUUUUCGCGGGGACUUAUUUUCGCUCAUUGGCUUAUUUUUAAUUUUCAGGAGGGUUUUUUUUGGCGCAUUAAUUUCAAAUUUUUGACGUGAGUUAACGUCGUUACAACAUUGAAGAAAAGGAAAAUGAAGCCAUCUUGAACAUAAGAAAGGACAUGCACAGGGGGCUUUAAUGAAAUUUUGUAUUUUUCUUUUCUUUUUGGAUUACAAUUUUUUUCUGAUAAUUUUUAAACUCUAUCAUUUCCUUGAUUGACAAUAUCUUCCGUAUUCGGAAUGGAUUUUUAUAUAAGGAUAAUUUUCGAAAUUCAGCAUUCAAAAACAGUGCUUUAUUGGAAUUCUGGGUGCUGCAAUGGAGCCACUCAGAUGAAAAGUUCGUCUAUGUGUGAUUGUGUUCCAUUUGAUUUGUCUUCUUGAUAUUUACACCAGCUGAAUUCGGUGACGGGGCACAUUCUGUGAUCUUAACUACUCAGAAUUUUAAAUCCAGUACAACGAUAAAAUAUGGCAUUUCAUAUAGUGGCACUUUUUGUCGGAUGGAAAUGCCAUAAAUUUAGUAAGAGUGUCGUACUUUAAGGCAUUGUUUAAGGGAAGAAUCUUUCGUAGUACUAAAAUUAGCGCGAAAUUUUGGGAAUUAACUUUCGCGGUAAAGUGUUCUGAGAAUUUUUUGCAAGAAUAAAGUUUUGUAGGAUUUUAGAGUUUCGUUUAAUCGCGUUUUGCGAUUUUAACAAUAAAUUUUCGAUUUUUUUUUAACUUUUGUGAUUUUUUGCGCAAAUAAACUUUCACGGUUGAGCAACUUGGACGUGUUUUGGGGAAGAAACUUUUCGCAGCAAGCAGGUUAAAAAUACUGCGAAAGUUAUAUCCCGCUAAAGUUUCUUCUCUCAAAGUGGUUGUGUCAAUGGACCGCGGGAAUAUUUCUGCUGCCACAACACUCACCAUUGCAAAAGAUUUUUCAUGGCGUGUGCUGCAGGUAUAAGUAGCUUUUCACCUUAAAUUAUAAUCGCCUGGUCCUUCUUUCUAUCCCAAUAUUCUGCACUGCUUGCAAUGUUUCUAUAGAACACAAUUAUCAACACAUUUCCCUUCACUGUGACCAUGCCAUGUGGAGAAAACUAUUUUGUUUACUACAUUUAUCUUUAUUUUUUCAGUACCUUCACUCAUGAUUUCCUCAGCUGCAUCCCCUUAGGUUCUAAACAGUAGGUCGGCAGCAGAAGUACUCGAUAAAUUGUCAUCAGCAGAAGUGCUCGAUAAAUCGUCAUCAGCAGAAGUACUCGAUAAAUUGUCAUCAGCAGAAGUACUCGAUAAAUAUGCACCUUGGGCAUUUGAAACCUUUUUACUACGUAAAGAUAUUUGGCGCAGUAUUUUGAUUUACACGAGAAUGUACUUUUGUUUUUGUUUUUUUUCUAUUUUUCUGAUUGCCAUCAUUUUCUUGCUAAGUAAUAAUAAGAUUAUAGAUAUAGAAAACCACAGAAUACGCAAAGUCAUACAUGUUUAGCACUGUAGAAUUGGAGUUAAAACAACUUCCAUACAAAUGGCGCAUAUAAUACUUCCAUCUCAGCUACGGAAGACGUGCAAGCGCAAGAUAUGCUCAACUAGACAACCGUCUAAGACAUUAAUCCCAUUCUCAUGCUAAACGCUAAGCAGCGACCAUCAAUUCACACUUUAAGUCUCUGGCAUGACUUGUCCGGAAAUAGAACCCGGGACCUUUUACACCGGAAGCGAACGCUCUACUACAAGUCUACCAGUCGGUACAUAAAAACGUAAAUCGUUAUCCACAACACUGUCAUGCUUUAAAGCGAUAAUAAAAGGUAGGCCAUUAUUGUUUGUGUGAAGUAAAACAUGUGUAAUCUGCAGAACAAAAAAUAAAAAAGGUCAGGAUUAAUAGUCCAUUUUGGACUGAAAUGCACACAUAAAGGCGUUGUUUACCUGUUGCUAAGGGCAAAAUCUUUUUACCAGUAAAAAAAAGGGAAAAAUGACUGAACAGUGAUAAGAAAUAGUAAUAGUAAAAUAAAAAAUUCUUUACUUUAAAGGAGCGUACAAAUUUUGCAUAGCCAAAACACAAAAUAAAAAAAAAUAUAUAUUUUCUACAGUAACCAAUUUUUUACAAAAGAUUUCAUGUCUGAUAUGUACGUAUUUUAAGAUUGACAAUUAAACUUGAAUAGCUGAAAUGGGAACAAAAUGGUUAAACUACAUGUUGAACAGUGUGGUCGUGUAUAGCGGGCCACAAGAUGUGGAACUGUGUAAUUGAAUUGCAAAAAAGUAUUAGGAAUUGGUUCACCAGCCCAUUUAAUUUUCAUCUUAUCAUCGGUUUGAGCUUAUAAAAAAAACUAAUAAAAACUAAUAAAAAAUUGAUACAGCAAAUUUAAAGGUGUUUCUAGAAAUUAAUUAUUGCAACUUUUUCACACCACAUGCUCAUAUUUUUUCCAGAAUCCUUGAUAUUAUCUGACUAACAGAACUUGAGCUUUUAUUAACUAUUUUGUAUAUUGCUGCGUGAUUGUGUUUAAUUUAUAAAUUUACUUUCGUGUUCAUCAAAUUUUUAAAUGUGUGUAAUAUUACUGUGUAUUGUUAUACCUUUUAAAGGGUCACGCGUUGCUUGUGUAAUGGUGGUUGCUUUAUUUAGGUUGCAGUUGUUGUUCUUUUUGUCGUCGUCGUCGCUGUUGUUGUUCUUUUGUUGUGGUUCUGGUUGUGGUGCUGUGAUUUUUGUUACUUAUAUCGACAGUUCAUCACAACAAAAUUUAAGUCACCAGGCAAUCAAGUCAAAUGGAACAAUUUAAAACUCGUUUAGACCAGCCCCAGGAAGCACGCAUUUCUAUUAAUGUUAGUGGCGUUUUGUUUGAGACAUUUGAAAGAACGUUACAGCAAUAUCCAGAAACUCUCCUUGGAAACCACGUUAAAAGAGAAAAAUUUUAUUGUUCAAGAACCAACCAAUACUUUUUUAACAGACAUAGAUUAUGUUUUGACGCCAUUUUGUUUUUUUAUCAGUCCCCAGGAAAGUUAUAUCGUCCAUCAGAUGUAAAACUACAUGUGUUUGAAGCCGAAUGUAAAUUUUUUGAACUUCCGUCAGAAAACAUAUAUGUCAUGAAAACAAAAGAAGGAGCUGUUUGCAGUGACAAUUUUAAUGAAAAAUUGUACACAACGCAAAUACAGAGGGAUUCGUUUCGUCAAAAAGUCUGGGAUAUUCUUGAAAAUCCAGAGAGUUCUGGUUUUGCCCGAAAUUUUGCUAUUCUUUCCCUUUUUUUAAUAUUUACAUCAAUUAUCACAGCGAUUAUGGAUACGGUUGAAGAAUAUGCAAAACAAAAUGGUAGCACGAGUAGUAGUAAUCCUGCGAUUAUCUUAGAAAUCUUCUUAAAUACAUUCUUUUUACUCGAAUUUAUAGGGAGAGCGUUAUUCUCACCUAACAAGAAAAUGUUCUUUCGAAGUAGUUUAAAUAUCAUCGACGCAUUGGUGGUCAUUUCAUUCUUUACGUCAUUCUGUUUAUCACGUGACGCACACUCAUCACCAGGUUUCUUUAGAGUACUGCGAGUUUUACGUAUAUUCCGUUUGUUACGCCUUUCCAAACACUCUCUCCGUAUGAAGGCGAUUGGAUUGAUCAUGCAGGACAGUUUAAAAGAUUUACAAUUGUUUUUCGUUUGUUUACUUAUUAUUGUGACAUUUGGCGCGAGUAUUAUGUAUUACGUCGAGCAGACAGAUGAGCAUACGCAAUUCACAAGCAUACCGCAAAGCAUGUGGUGGGGAGUACAAACCUUUUUAACGCUAGGCUAUGGUGACAUUGUACCGAGAACAAUCGUUGGGAAAGUUUUCUCCAGUAUGUAUAUGGUGUUCGGUGUUGCUACUAUCUCGUUACCAGUCCUCUCACUGGUCAUGAAAUUUACGCAGUAUUAUUCAUUGCACCAGGGAUAUUAAAUAAUGCAAUGGUGGUGUUCGUAUUAAUAAUCAAUCAUUUGUUUACAACAAUCUUUAGUUCACGCGAUAAAAACAUUUUAUUGUAUUUAUUUGUCGUUUUUAUUAUUUAUUACUGUUAUAAGUGAUUUUUAUUGGAACAAAAAAUUCAAGAUGGUUCACGAGGUCUGUUGUAAUGCAAUAGGGAUGGAGAGAAAUAUCCAUAAUGGAGAGUUACAUAUAUAUAGAAGAAUCAUGAGUUGAAGACAGUUAGUUGUUGUAUGAUACACAAAUGUGUUGUUUAUAUAUAAGUUGCUUCCCUACAACAUAAAAUUAAGUCACAGGUCAAAACGUAUCGUGUAUUUUAUUUCGUGCCAAAUGAAACUUUUUGACCUGUCAAAUUUGACAUACUGUCAUUUCAAAACGAUGGUGUGUUCAUCUUUUUUGAUUAAACGGAUGAUCUUUUUCUAUUGAAGUUUUCGUUCUUUUGUUUUAAACGUUUGACGUCAUGUAUCACUUUUGGAAUUUUAUGCAAAACUAGUCGUCAGCCCACGGGUUCGCCCGUCCUUUUUAUACCGCAUUGCGUGCGUCUCGCUACUUGCGCUAAUAAGCUACCAUCUUGCGUGACAGACAGACGGACAGACGUAUACGGGUAUUAUAAUAUAGAUACGGUUGAAAACAAGAUAAGCUACAUUAAAAAACAAUCAACUGAAAGACAAGAGAAAAUGUAGAAAGCAAAAACAAAAAGAAUUUACGGAGGAUUUUAUCGAGAAAUGGCGGGAACGAACG